AUGGCAAAGAUCGAACAGACUUUCGGCCCUUUCACCUUCACGAGCGACUUCGACUCAGGCAAUCUGUCGCGCGUCGAGAGCCGCAGUACGUUUGACAAAGACCAAGAUCAUUUCGAGUUCGAUGUGUGGACGGCGCCAGACGGCGCGGCGACGGAGUUCGAAAAUGCGAACCGCACGUGGUUUUACUUUGCCGUCGUCGUGCAGAAUAUGAGCGGCAAGACGCUGCACAUCAAUGUCAGAAAUUUGAACCGUCAGACGAGGCUUUAUCAGCAGGGAAUGGCGCCGUUUGUGAGGAGUGUUCCUGGGAGGGGGAAGUGGGAGAGGGUGAAGGAGAGGCCGACGUUUGAGAUGUGUGAUGGCUCAAUGGUACUGAGCUUCGAGUACACAUUCACCGACAAUCGUCGUAGCACCACUUACUUCUCAUUCUGCUAUCCAUUCUCCUACUCAGAAUGUCAGAAGAAACUUGAUCAACUAGAACAGCAUUUCGCAUCUCUUGAUGUUGACCCGUCGGCCGCACGUAGCAAUGACAUCUACUUCCAGAGGGAACUGGUGACUUACUCGUUGGAUAAGAGGAGACUUGACUGUCUAACAGUGACAUCAUUUCAAGGGAUAACGACACAGAGGGAGGAUAGACUUGAGGGAUUGUUUCCGGAGAAGGAUUAUUGUCGACCGUUUGUGUUUCGAGACAAGAAGGUGUUUUUUCUGAGCAGUCGAGUUCAUCCAGGAGAGACUCCGUCCAGCUUUAUAUUCAAUGGUUUUCUCAACUUCAUUCUUCGUCCGGACGAUCCUCGUGCAGCAGCUCUUCGCGAUCGCUACGUCUUCAAACUGAUCCCGAUGCUCAACCCGGACGGUGUAUUUCGUGGUCACUACAGAACGGAUCAACGAGGAGUCAACCUGAAUCGAGUCUAUUUGGAUCCUGACCAGCACCUACACCCGACAAUUUUUGCCACACAAAGACUGUUAUUGUAUUACCACAGUGGAUGGAGGAUACCUAGUGCAGUCGAGAUGAGAGACGAUAGAGAUUGCGUAGAACUCAGUGAUGUACACACUCAUAAUGGGCAAACAGAGCAACAAGAGAAUGACAUGAAUAUAUUGAAAAAGCACGAGUUACUCUCUUUGACUCAGAUGGACGUGGACGCAUCGGAAUGUGCUUCGAUAGUCGAUGGAAGUGACUGUAAUGACGACGAGUAUGCCAAGCAUGCUCAGUCUAUGCCAGGAUUGCAUCACUCGUUGUGUGUGCAAAGAAAUCGGAGCGACACGAAUGGACAUUCGGUGAUCACCACUGCAACUACGUUGACUCAUUCCAUGUCAUCAUCGCAAUCAAUCUCGACAAAAACUGAGAAAAAUGGUUGCUGUUUUUCAACUGGUCAUACGUCCGGCUGUCAGGCGUCCAACAUUACUGACAGUCUCAAGUGUCAGCAAGACAGCAGUCUUGCCUUUUAUGUUGAUCUUCACGGCCACGCAAACAAGCAAGGAUGCUUUAUGUAUGGAAAUCAUUUCGCCAAUAUUGCUGAACAGACGGAGAACAUUCUGCUGCCGAAACUCGUGUCUCUCAAUUCGGCGCACUUUGACUUUGCUGCAUGUAAUUUCUCUUUGAAAAAUAUGUACACAAAAGAUAAGGGCCAUUGUUCGUCGAAGGAAGGGAGUGGAAGAGUGGGAAUUCAUAAGGCGACAGGGAUUAUUCAUUGUUACACAUUGGAGGGAAACUACAAUUCUGGUCGUCAGGUAAAUUCCCUGUCUCCUGCAACCAUGGAUGAUGGUCGUGCGACACCUCCACCUUUAGCUGGAUUUCCUCCUCGCUUCACAACAGCUAUGUACGAAGAGGUUGGUCGUGGUUUAGCCGUUGCCGCUUUGGACAUUAUUGAUUGUAAUCCAUGGUCACGAGUAUCGUCUAGCGAAUACAAGAGUUUGGCGGGUGUACGUGAAUGGGUCAGGGGAUAUAUCAAAAGCUGCAGAGCUCGAUCUGAAGGGCUAAAGAAGCCAAGGCUUACACUGGUGGAUAGAGCAAAGGCAACUGGAUCGUCAUCUCCUGAGCCGGUCUCUCCAGUUAGUCCACAAUUUGAGGUCUACAGUAAACCAACCAAAGCUAAACCAACACCCCACUUUAUCACUCAAAAGUCACGACAACUCAUUGUACCAUCAGUCCAGCUAGGGCCGCACAUUCAGCAACUUUUCUUGCCAAAACAAACGACUCUCCUUGAUCGCAGGAUGCACACAACGCCAAUGAGAACUAUCUCGUUUUCAGAUGGAGAAGUGGAGAAACAGGAAGAGCAAGAGACACGCACACGUCAUCUGGUGACUAAACGCAAAGGGAGCCUGCCAUCUACGUUCACUCAGCAGCCCCCACAUUCCAGAAUGAUCAAGAAUGAGAAGUCGUGUUCUGUUGCAUUGACGUUGAGCACUCGAUCGAUUCCUAAUCCAUUAUGUAAGGCAUCUGUAUUGACAGCAAAGCCAUCUGUGAUGUCGGUUGUUAUGCCGUCUUCGAAAUGCAAAAAUCGUGAACAGUGGGUUGUUUCUGCUUCUCAGAAGGUUGCUAAGAAACAGCCAAUAUCAGACUGGACUGUUACCUCUGUUUCUGUGCCUCGCAGUAGAAACAAUGCUGGUGAGCAGAUGACUAUAGUUCAACCCCGACGUUUCGUCCUGAAGACAAACAAGCCCUGAGAGACAAGCUACCUCCUUGAGUCUGUUGGCCAGAUCUAAUGUUAUAAAAUUAUAUUAUUUUAACUUAUGAUAUAAACUAUAUUUAUUUACUAUUGGGUGGGCAUAUUUAUGCUGUACAAAGUUUUUCUAUUUUAAUCAAUUAAAUUAUCAG